UAAAAGGCUACGGCAGCCACUACCGGCACCAGCUGCUGCCCAGCCUUCCCACUUGCUUCCCUGCCUGCCUCUGGCCGCCUUGAAUGCCUGCUUCUUCCAGCAACCUGUGAGCCUGACGAAGUGGAGACUAUGUCUACCUUUGGCUAUAGAAGAGGACUUAGUAAAUAUGAAUCCAUUGAUGAGGAUGAACUCCUGGCCUCCCUAACAGCUGAGGAGUUGAAGGAGCUGGAGAGGGAGCUAGACGACAUUGAACCUGACCGUAACCUCCCCGUGGGGCUAAGGCAAAAGAGUCUGACUGAGAAAACGCCCACAGGGACAUUCAGCAGAGAGGCAUUGAUGGCCUAUUGGGAAAAGGAGUCUCAAAAACUCUUGGAGAAGGAGAGGCUGGGGGAGUGUGGAAAGGUUGCAGAGGAAGACAAGGAGGAGAGUGAGGAAGAACUGAUCUUCACUGAAUGUAACAGCGAGGCGUCUGAGGAUGUGUACACAGAGGAGGAACAAGAGGCAUCCCAGGAGGACGAGGAGGACGAGGAGGAAGAAGAUAGUGAAGAAGAGGAAAGUACUGAAACCCCAAAAGACAUUAAUGGAACUGUGAAUUACAACAGUAUCAAUUCUGAAAGCUCUAAGCCAAAGAUAUUUAGGAGUCAAGUAGAAAACAUAAAUUUGACUAAUGGCAACAUCAAGAGAAACACAGAGUCUCCAGCUGCUAUUCACCCUAGUGGAAAUCCCACUGUGAUUGAGGAUGCUUUGGAAAAGAUUAAAAACAAUGAUCCCGAUACCACAGAAGUCAAUUUGAACAACAUAGAGAACAUCACCACGCAGACCCUCACCCGCUUUGCAGAUGCCCUCAAGGACAACACGGUGGUGAAGACGUUCAGCCUGGCCAACACACACGCAGAUGACGCUGCAGCCAUAGCCAUUGCCGAGAUGCUCAAGGUCAACGAGCACAUCACCAGUGUGAAUGUGGAGUCCAACUUCAUCACUGGCAAGGGCAUCCUGGCCAUCAUGCGAGCUCUGCAGCGCAACACAGUGCUCACAGAGCUGCGCUUCCACAACCAGAGGCACAUCAUGGGCAGCCAGGUGGAGAUGGAGAUCGUCAAGCUGCUGAAGGAGAACACAACAUUGUUGAAGCUGGGGUAUCAUUUUGAGCUCCCUGGACCAAGAAUGAGCAUGACAAGCAUCUUAACAAGAAAUAUGGAUAAGCAGAGGCAAAAGCGGAUACAGGAGCAGAAGCAGCAAGAAGGGUAUGAAGGAGGAUCCAAUCUUAGGACGAAAGUCUGGCAAAGAGGAACACCUGGGUCUUCACCUUAUUCAUCUCCCAGGAACUCUCCCUGGUCAUCCCCAAAACUCCCCAAGAAAGUGCAGACUGUGCGGAACAAACCUCCGUCUCCUGUGGUCCCACCACCUCCCCCUCCCCCUCCCCUUCCCCCUCCCCAAAUGCCGCCACCUCCUCCUCCACCUCCUCCUCCUCCUCCUCCACCUCCCCUGCCAGAGAAAAAGCUCAUCACCCGCAACAUUGCAGAAGUCAUCAAACAACAAGAGAAAGCCCAGCGGGCACUACAAAAUGGACAGAAAAAGAAAAAAGGAAAAAAGGUUAAGAAACAGCCAAACAACAUCUUAAAGGAAAUAAAAAAUUCUCUGAGGUCAGUGCAAGAGAAGAAAAUGGAAGACAGUUCUCGACCUUCUACCCCACAGAGAUCAGCUCAUGAGAACCUCAUGGAAGCGAUUCGGGGAAGCAGCAUCAAACAGCUAAGGAGGGUGGAGGUUCCAGAAGCUCUGCGAUAAACGUCUCUAGAAGAUGACUCGGAACUGUUGAGUGGUGUUUAAUGAGAUGCAUUGUGAGAUAGUCCUAAAAUACACGUAACUUGAAUGUUCCCUGUCUUUAAAGCUAGCCUCGCCUGGGAAUUCCAAAGAGAAUUUUAAGAAACAAUCAGUAUUUUUUCUUCUGUAAAUAUGCAAACAAACUUCUUUUAUAUGACAUAAGAUUGAUAUGGGCAGGGAGUGACAGAUGAUCUUCCUAUCUCUGGAUGUGUUGGUGACUCUGAGUUGUAAUGAGUUAUAGAAAUGUGAUAUUAUUUUUGUAAUUCCAAUAAAUUUGGAUUGAAGGUUUAUUUUCUUUUUUUUAAAGCCAAACUAAUAUUUUUCUUAGUUGAUACAUCUGUUAAGUAUGUAACAUUUCUGAAUAUUAAAAAUAUAUUUUCACCCAAAA